AGUAUGACAAGUGACAACAGUAUUGCCAACGUAAUAAAUACACAAACUAUGAUUUUUACAAAAUAAUAUUUUACUUUGUGCCACGGUAUUUAUAAUUUACAACUAAUUAAUAAAAAUUAUGUGAAAAGUGUAUUGUUUUUAAAUAAAAUGUUUAACAGUUUGUUUUUCAAAAUUCUUUAUAACAUAAUACAUGGGAUAUUUACCGUAUUGGAAGGUAUAUUUGAUUUAUUGGAGAGGAUAAUACAUGGAUUUGUUGAUUUUUGUCACGAGUUUUGUACCGCUCACAGGAUUAAUUAUUUAAAAUGUGAGCUUGAAAAAGGAAAUAAGCUACCUAAACAUUUAACAGUACUGCUGGUAAAAGAAAAGCCGUCGUAUAAAGAUUUAAGUAAUAUUGUAUUAUGGUGCAUUAAACAUCACAUUAUUUAUCUUAGUUUCUAUGAUCCUACAGAAAGUUUACAUCAGCACAAAUUAGAGAAGGAACUGAACGGAAAAUUAAAACCUGAUGAUCAUGUUAUCUGGCAUAAUAGUUCAGACAUAACAUAUAGAAAUGGAUUUUCAGGCAGGAAAGUCCACGUAAAAAUCCUUAAACAAGAAGAUGGAAGAGCUAGUGUAGUAAAUUUAACUAAAUCUUUAAGUAGCACUGUAAGGACUAAAGAUAUUUCAGUAGAAGAUAUUGAUAGGGGUCUUUUCAAAUAUUUUCAAUUUCCCGAUCCAGAAUUAGGGCUCGUCUGUGGGAAAAGUUUAAACUUUUGUGCUUAUCCACCUUGGCAAAUGAGACUAACAGAAUUUUUAUGCAUAAAAUCCCACUAUAGAUUAAGUUAUAGGACUUUUUUGGAGCAAUUAUACAGAUAUAGUAAGUGUGAGCAAAGAAAAGGCAUAUAAAUUUUUUUGUGUAUAUUUAUUAGAACCAAUAAAACUUUAUCAACCAUAA